AUGGCGACAACGAAGGCGCCUGCGAUAACGUCCUCGGAGGCAACGGGGAGCUCUAGUUCUAGUAGCGUCGACGAUGGGUUCCACCAUGCGCGACGAGGCGAAGAAGCCGACGAAGCAUCUAACGAAGAUAUCGACGGCUACGAUGCAGAACGUAUGCGAGCGCGGACAGCAUUAUCUGCGGAAGAAGAGAAGAAACUCAUCCGACGAAUUGAUUGGCAUCUCAUGCCACUGUGUUCAAUUAUCUUCAUGUUUAAAAAUCUGGACUCUGACAAUGUUUCGAACGCUCGGAUUAUGAACAGGGGAACUUCUCAAAACAUCAUGACACAACUAGGACUUACAUCCGAUGAAUACGCUUUAGUUACUGCCUUGUAUUAUAUACCGUACAUUGUUGGUGAAGCGCCUUCAAAUUUGCUGCUUAAGAAGUUUUCGCCUUCACAUUGGCAAUCGAGGAUCAUGGUCAGCUGGGGAAUAAUGCUAGCGUGCCAUGUUGCGGUUAAAAAUAAGGAAGGCUUAUAUGUGACGAGAUUUCUUCUAGGACUAGCCGAGGCCGGAAUGUUUCCGGGGAUCAUAUUACAAAUGACUUAUUGGUAUAGACCCGAUGAAAUGUCUCUUAGGCUCCUAUAUUUCUAUAUCUGUGGAAAUCUUAGUGGUAUCUUUGGAGGUAUUCUCGCAUUCGCAUUCGAUCAUGUCUCAGGAGCAGGAGGACUAUCUGGUUGGCAAUGGUUGUUCCUUGUCGAAGCUAUAGUGACAAUCAUCUUCGGAAUCGCUGUGUGGUUUAUCCUACCGGACUUUCCUCAAACAGCAUCUUGGCUCACGGAUAAGGAGAAAGCAUUCAUACAAGCACGUCUACCGGCAAACGCGCCAAGAGCCGCAGAACAGGACUUCAAACUUAGCGAAAUCGUUGCUUCCUUAAAGGACAAAAGACUAUGGCUUUUUACCUUCAUAUGGGCGUUUUUUACAGUCGGAACUUCAGGGGUGCGAUUUUAUCAGCCAACAGUUAUUGCUGACCUUGGGUUCACAACUAUUGCGCAAGCUCAGCUUCUUAAUCUCCCCAUCACAAUCCUCGGCCUCAUCGUGAUCGGUAUGUCCGGGAUCUUCGCCGAUAACGGUCGACUGCCGCGGCCGCUCUACCCACUCAGCUUUCUUACCAUCAUUCUUGCGUGCUAUGGAGUAUUGGUGGCGUAUCCGAGCAACGGCGCAGUCUACGCCGCGACCAUGAUAGGUAACGCCGUUUCAAGCGCUUGGUUUCCCAUGAUGUGGCCAUGGCGCGUUCAAACUACGAGUCGCGCCACCGGGUCCGCUUUCUCCAUCGGAUUCGUCAAUAGUGUACGUAAAAUAAUUUUUAUUCCCUUUCUCUUUCGAGGUUUGUAUGGUCAGAUCGGUGGGGCUAUAGGACCCCAGAUCUUCCGGAGCGCCUACGCGCCCCGCUACCAGGUCUCUUUCGCGGUCGCCAUGGCCCUCGUAGCCUGUUGUAUGAUCACCACCCUGAUUACCUGGUGGGUUACCCGGCAGACUGAGAGUGAUACGCGGAAGCUCAAGUUGGCGAGAAUUGCCGCUGCCAAGAGGGAUGACGCGAUCUUGGAUGAUGUAGUGGAUAACGACUUGAAAAAGAGGAGCGAUGCCUCUGUGGAGGUGUGA